AUGGCCUCUCGCUUUUAUAUCCUGGUAGGACUUGUCGUAUGUCUCAACUGCAUAUCGGGCCGACCCAACAUAUGGCGAAGAGAUCCUGCUUUAUCUCAGUCACCCUCCGGAAAUUAUGCUCCAAUAUACACUCAGUGCCCUCAAGAUCCCUUCGUCCGAGCUCCCAACAAGAACCAAAAUGACCAGACCAAACUCGGCAAGGGCGAGUCAGCGUACAUCAGGGAAAAAGCUGCCCAAUCUAUUCCCUUGUGGCAGACAUAUCUGGAAAAUGUUAAUCUGGAGGAUUUUGAUGUCGAAGAUUUCUUGAAAUCAGCCAAGCAGAGUGGAGGUGUGGCUGCGGAAACUCUACCCAAUAUUGGGUUAUCUCUCAGUGGCGGCGGUAUGCGGGCACUGUGCUUUAGUGGAUCGAUUCUUGACUCAUUCGACGCGAGGAACCCGAAAGCCAAUGAAGCCAAAGUUGGCGGUAUUCUCCAAUUGGCAAACUAUGCCGUCGGUGUAUCAGGAGCAAGUUGGUUAUUGGGAUCAUGGGCUACCUCAAACUUCCCGCAAAUAUCAUUUCUUGUCCCGAAGUGGCGACUGUCAGAUGAUAAUGCCUUGUGGGAUUGGAACAUCGCAAAGGAUUACUGGUCGCAUUAUAAAACGGUGAACCAAAAACAUAAAGCUGGGUUCCCUGUCAGUAUCGUUGAUGUAUGGGGUAGAAUUCUUUCUCGUCACUUUAUAGACGAGCCUGAUAAAAAGGACUCGCAGAAAGGAAAACAAGUUCUUUGGUCAUCCAUUAGGGAAACUUCCCACUACAAACAACGAGAGGCGCCUUUUGUGAUGGCUGUGACUACCAGUCGACCCAACAAAGGCAUGCCAUUCACCCCGGAAAGCCCAACCUAUGAGUUCUCUGCCGAGGAGUUCGGUAUCUUCCAUCCUUCUCUGAAUGCAUCAAUACCUAUCGAGCAUCUUGGAUCCACCCACACCGCUAGCGUCCCUGACCCCCAAGGUUGUGUUGCUGGAUUUGACAAUGCAGGAUUUGUCAUGGGAAUGUCCAGUAACAUCUUCUCCCGUGGUGAUUCCCCAAAAGGAGAAAAGAGGGCCAAAUAUUUGACGGCAGUACGAACAUUUAUUAAUGACAUAAAUUUUGAAGGAAAGAUACCCAAUUCUUUCAAAGGGCUAGGAAAGCCGUCGGAUUAUGGGAUGGGAGGAUACCAAGACACAGACAGGGACUUGAUAUUGAUGGCAGAUUCGGGAUUGAUUCACGAAAACGUCCCCCUGUUUCCUUUGAUUCAACCCGAGCGUAAACUCGACGUGAUCAUGGCACUAGACGCCAGCGCCGACGGGAGCGAUGAAGACGUACCAAGCAUGUAUACCUAUCCCAAUGGAACUCACAUGUAUAGUAUCUAUACUAAGACACAGUUACCUUCUUACAAAGGCUACCACAUGCCAAACAUUCCCAACUCUCACGACGGUACCUUUGCCCAGCUAGGAUACAACAAACGACCAACUUUCUUUGGCUGUGAAGAUCUGAAGGGCCCCCUCAUAAUCUACAUGCCCAAUUACUAUGCUACUGGCAAAACAAACACGGUCACUACAAAAAUAUCAUACACACCGGAAGAGAUUGAUGCAUUCUUUUCCAAUGGAUUUGCAUUAGCCACCCAGAGUGUUGGACCUACCCAAAACAAAGACUGGCCUAUGUGCCUGGCGUGCGCGCUGGUAGAUCGGCAAGUCCUUAGGAACUCAGCUACCAGAACUUCCCAAUGUCAAGCCUGUUUCAAAACCUAUUGUGCCGCUCCUUGA